AAGGCGACCGAGUAAAAGAGGAAGAGGUCGAAACGGAGCGAGGGGAGGAGCGAUAGCGGACCGAAUACUGUAGUGGAGGAACCGGAGGACAUUUCCAUUCCUGUUGACAUUGACCACCGACUCGUCGAAGUGGAUUCGGCCAGCGCAGCAAUGGAUGAGAGCGUCACCGUGACGGCGGCGCUCGUCGGGACCGUCGUGGCGCUUCCCCUUUUGGCUUUCUUCUCGACCAUGUGGCUCUGCCCCGGCAUGAUCAUCCGGGCUUAUAACUGGUUCAUGCGUCUCAAACUAGGCCUUGUGGUCCGCUACUCGUACAGCGGCAGCUACCGCUUCUGCUAUUUCAGCCGCGGGACGCCAGGGGGCGCUACGCCGUCCUUACUGCUCCUGCACGGCUUCUCAGCCUCCAAAGACAUGUGGUUGCCCUUCGUCAAGUACGUCCCCGUGGAGCAGCACAUUCUGUGCGUGGACAUGCCGGGACAUGAGGGUACCAGCCGUGUCGGGUCCGACGACUACAGCAUUCAGAGUCAGGUUGCCCGAAUCCAUCAGUUUGUGCAAAGCGUUGGUCUGGACAAAAGACCCUUUCACCUGGUGGGAACAUCCAUGGGGGGCAACAUAGCGGGGGUGUACGCCGCCACCUACCCAUCGUACCUGUCUGGCGUGACCUUGAUGUGCCCCUCUGGUUUGGUGUAUCCCACCGAGUCUGAGUUCAUCACCCGCCUGAGGGAGAUCGAGAAGAACCCCGAAGGUUCCACCAUCCCUCUGAUUCCGUCAAGUCCGCAGGAGCUGGAGGACAUGUUGCGCCUCUGUUGCCAUAAGCCCCUCAAGGUGCCACGGCAGGUGCUGCGCGGCCUCCUGGACAACAGGAUCCACCACAACCACUUCUACAGAGAAUUGUUCAUGACGCUGGUUGAGGAGAAAUCUCGUCACUCUUUGCAAGAAAGUCUACAUUUGAUUACGUCACCCCUGCAAGUCAUUUGGGGGAAGCAUGACCAGGUUCUGGAUGUUUCCGGGGCCUCUGCGUUGCAGGCGGCGGUGCCCCACAGUCAGCUGUUUCUCUUGGAUGACUGUGGCCACACCAUAGCGCUGGAGAGACCGAGGAGGGCAGCACAGCUCAUCAUAGACUUCCUGUCUGCGCAGGAAGUCCACAGCAAGGACACAGAGAAAAAAGUUUCCUGAACUGGAGUUGAUUUCGGUUGAAUACAAAUUAUAUAAUGGAUAAAAGUUGUUAGAAAUACAUUGCUCUAAUGAAAUAAUUUUUUACAUCCAUGAUACUGUACAAAUGUAUUCGAAUGAUUCAUUAUGUUUGAACAUUUUGAUAGUUUUAAUGCAUUUCUUGCUGAGUUUAUUGCAAUUUUUGUGUGCUUAUUUUCCGGAUACGGAAGCAGCCUUUUGAACCUCAACAAAUAACUUUGGAUAAAUAAGUUAUCUCAUGUAUAUGUGUCUCAGUACUGUUUGUUUUAAAUGCAGCUAUUGAAAUAGUUCACAGAGUUUAAUAUACAACAGUGUAUUAACAUUUUAUGGGUUCAUAAUUGCAUUAAAUGACUAUAAUUUGAGUUCUUUA